AUGUUAUCCAUUCAACAAAGUUACUCUAGGCUCUUUAGGCCAUGGGAUGUUAGUGAUAAUGAAAAAAAGGAUCAAGAUCUAAUCAAUAAUAAAACGACCAAAGUAGAUGUAGACAACAAGAGAAGAAAAUUGGAGGAAAAGAGAGAGAACCGAUUGAGAAAAAUCCGUGGAACUUAUAAGAAGGCAGAUGCCAAUGUUCACCAAGAUGCAACAGUAUCGACUACGACCGUUGAUAGUGACGAAGAUAAGAAAAGUUGUAGCAAAGAUAUAGCACCGAAAGAUUUGGAAUCUCCCGUAGCAAGCCUUAGUUUAUGUUGCGACAGACUUCUACAAGGAUCCGACGUAAUAAAAGCUGAUAAGAAAAAAGAAAAUAAAACGGAAUGUGAUAAACUGCCUGCUCCUGCCGAAAAUUCCUAUACACAUACCCCUAUACCAGCUACUGUUAUAGGUCAUCCUCAUAUGUACAGUCCAUCAUACAUGCCUGAUUAUCUUCCUGGUGCUGAAAUAGCUCAAGCAUUAGGAGUUCCACCAACUGAUCCUCUUCUAUUAGAAUCUCUAGCACAAGGAUACGCAAUGGAAUUAGAGUAUGCUAGAAUACUACAACAAGAAAAUGAAGCGAAACUCUUAAAUGCAAGAAAGCAGCGUCCAAAGAAAUAUAAGUGUCCACAUUGUCAAGUAGGUUUCUCAAAUAACGGACAACUGAAAGGGCAUAUCCGUAUUCAUACAGGCGAGCGACCUUAUAAGUGUGAUGAAAAAAAUUGUGGAAAAACGUUUACCAGAAACGAAGAAUUGACGAGGCAUAAAAGAAUACAUUCCGGCGUGCGUCCAUUUCCAUGUCCCACGUGUGGAAAGAAGUUCGGGAGACGUGACCAUUUGAAGAAACACACGAGAACUCAUUAUAUGCAAGCGGAGAGAAUGAUGCCAGUAUUCGUACCUCUUUCAGCCGUGCCGCACGUUGGCGGUUUCCCUUAUUUGUACGGUUACUGA